AUUCAUCAACACACAGACACAGCAGAGACCACUCGGUCACUAGCCUUGAGAUCCAAAGAGAGGAAAGCAACAGAGAGCAAGCAGCGAGCUUGCGGGAGCAGCAGCAGCAAUGGCGACGGGUCGCCUCUCUUCUUCCUGCUGCCUUCUCCUCGCCGUGCUCAUGUUGGGGGCGGUGGCGGCGGCCACCGCCUUCGACGAGGCCGCCGCGGCUGCCGGCGUCGGGCUGGGUCACGGCGCACGUUUCGCCCGCAAGCCUGGACGUGCUGCUGCCGAGAAGCCGGAGCCCCAGCCUCUGCCACAACCCAAGCCUGAACCUAAACCGGAGCCUAAACCCGAACCGAAACCAGAGCCCAUGCCGCAUCCGGAGCCCAAGCCCGAACCAAAACCAGAGCCCAUGCCGCAUCCAGAGCCUAAACCCGAACCGAAACCAGAGCCCAUGCCGCAUCCGGAGCCUAAACCCGAACCGAAACCGGAGCCCAUGCCGCAUCCGGAGCCUAAACCCGAACCGAAACCGGAGCCUAUGCCACAUCCGGAGCCCAAACCUGAACCCAAACCGGAGCCCAUGCCGCAUCCAGAGCCUAAACCUGAACCCAAACCAAAGCCGGAACCAAAGCCAAUGCCACAUCCCGAGCCAAAACGUGAGCCUCACCCUAAGCCCAUGCCCAAACCAGAACCCAAGCCGGAGCCUAAACCUGAACCGAAGCCAAAGCCGGAGCCAAAGCCAAAGCCGGAGCCUAAGCCCGAGCCAAAACCCAUGCCCGAGCCUAAGCCAGAGCCAAAGCCGGAGCCUAAGCCUGAGCCAAAGCCCAUGCCCGAGCCCAAGCCUGAGCCAAAGCCCAUGCCCGAGCCCAAGCCGGAACCUAAGCCGCAGCCAAAACCCAUGCCGCAGCCAAAACCGAAGCCGGAGCCAAAGCCGGAGCCGAAACCGGAACCAAAGCCCGAACCGAAGCCAGACCCACCUCACUUCCCACCUGCAGCUGACAACUGACGAAGUGGCCGCUAGCUAUUUCGUAUGACGUUGCAGAGUAGUAUGGUAGCAUCUGAAUAAAACCGGCUGGACCGGUAGAUUGGUGCUUGCUGCUGCUUGAUGUACCCAUUCUUUCUUUCCAUUGUAUUGAGCUGAGUACAUUAUCAUCAGUGCAGCUUAAUUUGUUCUUUGUACAUGCGUGCGACUUGUUGCUACACAUCUUUGGUGCCAUGCUUGUAA